CAACGGCAGCGAAUUCUAGAAUCUUAUAAUCCACAUCUCCAUCCUAAAGCAAACUUCAAAAGAACCAACAACCAACCAGCCAACCAGCCCACCAAAAUAACCCACCCAAAAUACACAGUCCAAACAAUGAACGACCCCCUACCCUCCCUCUCAACCCUCCCACUCUCCAAAACCCACACCCUCCUAUCCACAGCCCGCAUAACCUCGCACCAACUCACAAAAACCUACCUCACCCGCAUCGACGAAGUAAACCGCACCUACAACGCCGUCAUCGAAACCAACCCGCACGCCCUCGAAGACGCACAUCGCGCCGAUCUAGAACGCAAAAACUCCCCAUCUUCUUUUGGCCCACUCCAUGGCAUCCCGAUUUUACUGAAAGACAACAUCGUCACCAAGGCGGGUAGCGGCGAGCACGAUAUGCAAGCGACAAGCGGGUCGUUCGCGCUCGAGGGCGCGAAGCCAGAACGCGAGGCGGCGGUUGUGACGCGGUUGCGGGAGCGAGGCGCUGUGGUGCUGGGGAAGGCGAAUAUGGCGGAGUGGUGUGGGUUUCGAUCUACGAGUGGGUGUUCGGGGUGGAGUGCUCGAGGUGGCCAGGCUAAAGGGAUAUACCACAAAGACAUGAAAGCAUCGGGGAGUAGUACUGGAUCUGCGAUAGCUACCGCGCUUGGGCUGUGCUGUGCUGCGAUAGGGACCGAGACGUGCUACAGUAUUGUGAGUCCCGCGGAGAAGAGCGGGAUUGUAGGGUUCAAGCCGACCAGGGGCCUGAUUGAGACUGAUGGCAUCAUUUUCUCGUCGCACAGCCAGGACACGGUGGGUGUGUUGACGCGCACGGUUCAAGACGCUGAGGAGUUGGUUUCGCUGUUGGGUUCGAACGAGUCGAUGCUUGGUUGCGAGUCACAGUUGCUGGGUGGUCCGGGUUCUCCGUACUUUGGGCGGAUCCGUAUUGGCAUUCCACGUUACAUCGCCGAGGUGGCGUUUUUAUCUGGACCCAAAAGAGUAGCGUUCCUCAAUGCCUUGGGGGUUUUGAAAAGAUUGGGUGCAGAGCUUGAGUCUGUUGACUUUGAGGGAGCAGAAGCUUACGACGCUCUUUCUACGGAAGAAGGCCAAAUUGUGCUGGAUACCGAUAUGAAGAUAGCUUUGAACACCUACCUCGAAACUCUACAGACAAACCCAAAUAAUAUACGUACGUUGGACGAUAUCAUCGCAUUCACUAAAGCGCAUCCUGAGGAAGAGUAUCCCGCUCGAAAUGUCGCCGUGCUAGAACGUGCGAACGCUACCGAUCCCGAAGAUCAAAUGUACAAGAGCAUGCUAGAAAAAGACAAGUUCUUCGCCGGUAAAGGCGGGAUUCCCGGGGCGUUGGAGAAGUACAAUGUCGAUGUCAUAUUGGUGCCAUCGUUGUCAGUGAUGAUGAGUACAUUCGUGGCAAAAGCUGGAUCGCCUGCACUGUCUUUACCUAUGGGCAUGUAUCCGGCUAAUACAAAAGUCAAACUAGAUCCCCGGAAUGGAAUGGUGGAUAUAGGCCCCGGAAUCCCGUCAGUAUUUCCUUUAUGUGGUUUUCUUCCUAUAGUGCUGUAA